GUUGAUUGCAAAAGAAUAUUUAUGCAAUCUGGGAGUAUGAUGCUAUUUUGACUUACCGACAGAUAAAUACGACAAAGAGAAAAAUUUUUUUCUCCUCGCAAUUAUUUUGAUUACAACCAUUUACUUCAGUACCUCUUUUUCCAGUCUUCUGGUCAAGGUGUCUUUCUUUUGGGGACAAGCAAAUUGAUUCAACCAUUUCCAUCCUGAACCAGCUGCUUCAGCCAUUACUAGCUAUAGAAUUGAAACAAAAAGGUGUUUUAAAAAAAAUUUUAAGAGAAGGAUUACCUUGUUGCUGGUAAGUACACAAUUGCUGAUAUGUCUUUCGCAUUCUGGAACAACACUCUUCCGAUGAUGUUUGGAAAAGGAAAGCAUGAAUUCAAAAAGAAGCUUCCUCAAUUGGAUUUUUAAUAGGGCAUUCCUAAGACAUAUUCUUGGCAUCAGCGUCUGCUGAGCGUCCUGCUGUUGCUGCCACUUUGAAGGAAAGAUUACAGCUCUUCAACAAUGAAUGAAUUAAAUGUUACCUAUUUUAUCCGCUCGUUUGAAUGAUAAUCAAAUGUGUUUUAUUUAUUAAUUUAUUUUUUACUUUAGGCAAAAAGGAACGAACCACAUAAUAUUUUAGGAAGAAAUGAUCGAAUUUCUUACAAUGCUUGAAAACAAG